AUGCCACAUGGAAAAAUUCUCGAUAGACCAAUAAAUAUGCACUGUCCUCUGAAAAUUAACGAUGAAAGAAACUCCGAAAUUCAAUCGAUAACUCUUAAAAAGCCAAUACAGAAGGUCGACAAACAAAAAGAAGAACCUAUCCCUUAA